UGGGGACGCGGGCGCGGUGCAGGUCAUGUGAUGUCGUGUUCGCACUGGCGCGCCUGCCCUGUACGUCGCGCCCAGCCCCGCAUCACAACACCACACUGCCACCUCCACACACUUUCGCAGAAUGCCUCCCAAAGCAGCCCCAACAGCGCGCCGUAAAGGGCCCUCCUUCAAUCCUCCGCGGCCCAUUAAGCCAGCUAAUUCUGCAUCCACAGCCAGAGGCGCGCCCAAGGCCACCACGACGCGACCUGCACCCGUGAAAUCCUCAGCUAGCCGCUCCGGUUUCCAGCCAGCGACGACCAUCCUGUCAUCCGACGAAGAGCAAGAAGACGAAUUCGACGACUUGCCCUCCGAUAUUGACGCCUUAAUGGAAGAUGCGCUUGAUGACGAACUCCGUCCACAACAGCCCGCCGCGCUGGAUCUGUCUACGCCGCCAAUACCCGCACCUCUCUUGGUGAGACUACUGCAUCACAACUUCCAAGAUGAGGGCACUCAGAUACAGAAGGGUGCCAUGAACUUGUUCGGAAGCUACAUGAGCAUAUUCGUUCGCGAAGCCAUUGCGAGGGCGAAGGAUGAGCGCGAAAGGGCGGCUAGAAAUGGAGGAGGUCCAGGGAGCCGGUUCUUGCAGGUGGAGGAUCUGGAGAAACUUGUGCCCGAGCUCUUGCUCGACUUCUGAGCGCAUUUGAUGGGUUGAGGCUACCAAAUCGCGGAAAUCCUUGUAAUGACAUCAAACCAGGGGUACUCAAAGACACUAAGCAUGGAAGGCGGCCUGUAGAAGGGAGGAUCAUGGCACAUAGAUCAGGCAUGCUCUUGAGAUUUGGAGCAAUUGCGAGGCAGGCCGAUACCGUGUUGGAUACCUAUCUAUGGUACAAGCACAGUCGUUCGAGAACGUGACAUCACUCGUCGAAGUUCAACACGCACCAUGGGAACGACUGAUCGGACAACACGCCCCGGAACGAACUCAAGUCGACGAUGAACACUGGGCAAGAAGUGGCAGGACUGGCUGAUACCAGCCUACAUUUAACGGCAUUAGCGGUCUAUAUUAGCAGUACGUACUCUCACCGUCGAGUUCAGGCUGG